AUGAAGCCGAGCGGGCGGCCCCUGCAGCGGGCGGGACAGGGGGAGCCCCAGGCUGCCGUCUGCCAGGGGCUCCUGGGCAGGGGCGGCGAGACCCCCGCCCGCCGCCUCAAGGUGGUCUCGGACGGGGGCACCCCCAAGUUGCGGACCUUGGUCCAGGAGACCGUCAAGGAACCGGUCCCCCGCGACCAGCUGGACGCCACCCCGCUCCAUCACGCCGCAGGCCGGGGCCAGCUGGACCAGCCGGAGGUGGGCUUCCACCAUGCCACCUGGGAAGAGCUGAACGCGAUGGACGCUUGCGGAAACACUCCUCUGCACUGGGCAGCCCGGCAAAACCAAGUCCAAAGCGUGCGGUUGCUUUUGGGGAGAGGCGCCGACCCCAACCUCAGGAACCACAGCUGCAUGGCCCCUCUGCACCUCGCCGUGCAAGCCUGCCACAACGAUGUGGUCAAGGCCCUGCUCCAGCAUCCCGGUACGGACGUGGAUUUGGAGGGAGAAAACGGGAAUUCCGCCAUCAUGUUCGCCUGCCACAAGGACAACAGCGAAGCCUUGCAGCUUCUGGUUGAUCGGAGAGCCAAGGCCUGCAAAAGCAACAAGUGGGGCUACUUUCCCAUCCACCUGGCUGCCUUCUCGGGGGCAAGGAAGUGCAUGGACAUCAUGCUCGAGUACGGGGAGAAGGAAGGAUUUUCCAGGAUCAAACACAUCAAUUUCCUCAACCACACCAAGUCCAGCCCCCUGCACCUGGCUGUCCAGAGCGGCGACCUCGAAAUGAUCCAGAAGUGUCUCGAACACGGGGCCCAGGUGGACCUAGAGGAGAGCGGGAAAUGCACAGCCCUUCAUUUCGCCGCCACCCAAGGGUCCACGGAGAUCGUGAAACUGAUGAUCACCUACGCUGGCGACGAUCGGAUGGUGAACGCCGAAAAUGGGAACAAGGAGACACUGCUUCACAGAGCAUCACUGUUCGACCACUACGAUUUGGCGGAGUACCUCAUCUCCAAGGGGGCCAAUAUCGAUAGCAUCGACUGUGAAGGACGCUCGCCUCUUCUGCUCGCCACCGCGUCCGCCUCCUGGAAUAUCGUGAAUUUGCUCCUGGCCAAAGGAGCUAACGUAGAGAUCAAAGAUAACCUUGGGCGCAACUUCCUGCACCUGGCUGUCCUGCAGCAUCACGGACUAAAUCAUCUGCGACAGGAGUUUCUGCAGAUGCAGAGUGUCAAGGCCCUGGUGAAAGAGGAGGACGUAGAGGGCUGCACCCCUCUCCACUACGCCUGCCGCAAGGGCGUCCCGCUGUCCGUCAACAACCUGCUUUGCCUCAACGAGUCCAUCAACUCCAAGAGCAAGGAUAAGAAGUCACCCCUGCACUUCGCGGCCAAGUUUGGGCGGAUCAACACCUGCAAACGGCUCCUGCGGGAUGUGACGGACUCGCGCCUGCUCAACGAGGGGGACCAGGACGGGAUGACCCCCCUGCACCUGGCCGCCAAGAACGGGCACGACAAGGUGGUGCAGUACCUGCUCAAAAAAGGAGCACUCUUCCUCAGCGAUCACAGGGGUCGGACGGCCCUGCACCACGCAGCCCUGGGGGGCUACACGCAGACCCUGCACGUCAUCCUCGACAACAAUUUGAAAUGCACGGAUCAACUGGAUGAGGACGGGAACACGGCCCUUCACCUGGCCAGCCAAGAAGGCCACGCCAAGGCGACGUCUCUCCUCUUGAACUCCGGGGCCCAGAUCAUCCUGAACAAAAACAUGGCCUCCUUCCUACACGAAGCCAUCCACAGCAAGAGGAAGGACGUGGUCAUCACCGCCAUCAGGAACCCGAGGUGGGAGGAAUGCUUCAAGGCUUUCACUCACUUGUCACCGACCAAUAGAUGCCCGGUACUGGAGAUGGUAGAACAUCUUCCCGAAUGCAUGAAGAUGCUUUUAGACACGUGCAUAGUGGACUCUUCAGAAGAGAAGACAGGUCAAAACUUCUACAUUCAGUAUAACUUCAGGUACCUCCAGUGUCCAUUAGAGUACAAAAAGAAAGCAGCCGAGGAGAAGAACAUUGAGUACGAACCGCUGGUGACCCUCAACUCCAUGGUUCGUCAUAAUCGCAUAGAGCUCCUCAGCCAUCCUGUCUGUAAAGAAUAUUUACUUAUGAAAUGGAUGGCUUACGGGUUCAGAGCUCAUAUAAUGAACCUAGCCCUCUACUGCCUGGGCCUCAUACCCUUGACUCUUCUCGUCAUCAAUAUAAAGCCAGGAUUGGCUUUCAACUCGACGGGAAUCAUAAAUGCCACCAGUUACAGCUCUCAUUCCCUGGACACUGAGAAUUCCCACCUGAUAAAAGUCUGCAUGAUCCUAGUCUUUCUGACCAGUGUUCUGGGACUCUGCAAAGAGCUGAUCCAGCUCUACCAACAGAGGUUGAGUUACCUGUCCGACCAGAACAAUUGGAUAGAAUGGCUCAUCUACUCGACAAGUCUGGUUUUCGUGUCUCCCCUGUUCCUCAACGUCCCUGCCGAUGUCCAGUGGCAAUGCGGGGCCAUCGCCGUGCACAUGUCUUGGAUGAAUUUCCUUCUCUACCUGCAGAGGUUUGAAAACUUCGGGAUCUACAUCGUGAUACUGUGGGAGAUCAUGAGGACGCUGUUCCGGACUACUGUCGUCUUUUUUUCCCUCAUUCUCUCCUUUGGGCUGAGUUUCUACAUCCUGCUGGGUUUACAGAGACCCUACGGGACGCCGGCUCUUUCGAUCAUGCGGACCUUCGCCAUGAUGCUGGGAGACAUUAAUUACCAGGAGGGUUUCCUUCAACCCUACCUAGACAACAGCCUGCCCUAUCCCUUCCUGUCCUUUCUGUGUCUCAUCAACUUCACCUUCCUCAUGCCAAUCCUCCUCAUGAAUUUGCUCAUUGGUUUGGCGGUCGGAGACAUAGCGGAGGUUCAGAAAUACGCAUCGCUGAAAAGGAUCGCCAUGCAGGUUGAACUCCACACCAAUUUAGAGAAGAAGCUUCCAUUUUGGUUCCUCAACAAGGUGGACCAGAUUUCGGUCAGGGUGCAUCCCAACAGGCCGAGAUACUUUGGGAUCAUGAGCCUGUUCCAGUUCUGCUUCUCCUUUGAAGACCCAAGGCAAGAUCUGCCAAGCGCCGAUAACGUUCUGGAGACCGAGGUUUUGAAGCAGAAGUACAGGCUGAAGGACCUAUCAUCCCUCCUGGAGAAGCAACACGAGCUCAUCAAACUCAUCAUCCAGAAGAUGGAGAUCACCUCCGAGAUGGAGGAGGAGGACUCGGGAGUCUCCUUCCAGGAUCGCUUCCGGAGGCAGCAGUUGGAGCAAAGGAACAGCCGGUGGACAUCCGUCCUCCAGGCCGUGAAAUCCAAGGGGACAUAGUGACGGACCCCCGAGCUUCCUCUAGCCCCGGGGUUGGGGGGACCCUCCGGCCAGGGGCCCGAGGCCGUUCCCCCUCCCGUGUCAGACACCCC